AUGGCAGAAUCACGGGGCACGAUCCCGGCCGCAGCGCGGCGCGUCGCGUCAGCAUGGAUCGCAGGGCUGAGCCGCACAGCGCUCGCCCUCCUCCUCCUCAUCUUCCUCCUAUUCAUUCACCUCGUCGGCCUCGCUACCUUCACCCACGGCUUCCUUCUUACCCGCCUUACUAUUCCUUCCACAUCGCCCGCGUACAACGUGACCAACCCGGCUCCCGUGACAGCAACGCAUUCCAAGGCCGUCGUGAUCAUCAUCGACGCACUCCGUACCGACUUCAUCUCCCCGUUCCCGCCCAACCCACCCAGCCCGUUCCACCACAACGUCCUGACUCUCCCCGCCGAGAUGACGGCCGCGCAUCCUGACCGCUCGAUGAUCUUCGACUCGUUCUCCGACCCGCCCACCACGACCAUGCAGCGGAUUAAGGGAAUCACAACCGGUAGUCUCCCGACGUUUAUCGACGCCGGCGCCAACUUUGCCUCGACCGCCAUCGAGGAGGAUAACCUCAUCUCACAGGCUGUUGCGGAUAAUCGCAGCGUCGUGUUCAUGGGAGACGACACUUGGCUCAACCUCUUCCCAUCGAGCUUUAGUCAGGCGUACCCAUACGACUCGUUCAACGUUGAGGACCUGCAUACUGUCGACAAUGGGGUUAUCGAGCACCUCUUCCCCCACCUCGAGAAGGGUGGGUGGGACGUACUAAUUGGGCAUUUCCUCGGCGUUGACCAUGUCGGGCACCGUGUCGGGCCGGACCGCGACACUAUGCGCGACAAGCUCGCGCAGAUGGACGCUGUGCUCCGCCGCGUCGUUGCCGAACUCGACGACGACACACUCCUCGUCGUCCUUGGCGACCACGGUAUGAACCCCAAGGGCGACCACGGUGGAGACAGUCCUCUUGAGACCAGCGCCGCCUUGUGGAUGUACUCCAAGUCGACCCCGAUCAACCACGCUGCUGGCAGCUCUGCUUACGCUGAGGAGGAGGGGCUGCGCCAGAUCAACCAGAUCGAUCUCGUGCCCACUCUUGCGCUCAUGCUCGGCCUCCCGAUCCCCUUCAACAACCUAGGCAACAUCAUCCCCGAGGUGUUCGUCGACGCUCCCGAGACGUUUGCGGCCGCCGCGCGUGCCGUGACCAAUCAGAUCGAGCGCUACAUUAACGCGUACGGUAACGCUGCUGUGCUCAAGGCCUUCACCGACAGCCGGAACGAGUACGCUGAGGCCCUCGAGUCCGGUGUGCCCAUCCUCGCGGCCGACGCGGACAUGAACACCAACACGCGUGUGCUCGAAGCCCUGCGUGAGCUCUGGGCCCAGUUCAGCGUCCCGCACAUUGUCCUCGGCGUGGUCCUCCUCGCCCUUGGUGUCGCAGCCACAGUCGCGCUGUACCUCGGCGUGCGCAACGGCGGACCCAGAUGGGAUCAGUACGUUCGAAUGGCUCUUGACACGGCGGUCUCAGUCGGCACGGGUGUCGGUUCAGUUGCCGGCACGUUCGCGGGCGUCUAUACGCGCGAUCCACUCCAGGGCCUGCAGGUCUUCUUGUCCGUCGCGGUUGGCACCGCAAGUGCCGUCCUCGCUGCACCCCUCCUUGUGCGCGGGACGUGGUCCGCAAGCCUCACGGGCACGCUGCAGCAGGCGAUCGGGCCGAUUAUUCUGAUCCUCCACACGCUGUCAUUUGCAUCCAACAGUUUCGUCAUGUGGGAGGACCGCAUGGUCGUCUUCUUCCUGGUCUCGCUCGCCCUCUUCCACGUCCUGCGCGCCCUCAUUGCGCCGCAGGCCUCCCUCCGCCUCCGUAUCCUCGGCUUUGGCAUCCUCCUCGCGGUCCUUGCGCGCACGCUCGGCCUCUCAACUGUCUGCAGGGAGGAGCAGCAGCCGUACUGCACGGUGACGUUCUACGAGGCCAACGGCUCCCCCAAAUGGAGCGUGUACGGCCUCAUUCCCUUCAUGUUGAUGAUCUUCCCGCGCAUCAUUGGGGCCGUACUCGGAUGGAGCAAGAGCUAUUCCGGCCCGGCGCCCGUCUUCGUGUCGUUCAUCUGGCGUGCGGUCAUCUUGAUGGGAGCGAUCUACUGGACGUUUGAAUGGAUGGAGACGUGGGACGGACUGAACCCCGACCGCAUCCCCCUCGUCAAGAGCGUCAAGCUUUGGGUUGCGCGGUUCGCAAUGUCCGCCAUCUUUGGACUGAUGCCAUAUAUCUGGGCCUCAUCUGGUCUGUGUCUCGACAUUGAGCGUGAGAAGGACCAGACGGGCGAGAGAGAGGACGAAGUGACCGUCCUUGGCUUUGGCAACGCCUUUGGAUCAACCUACUUCCUCUUCGUGCUUAUGGGCUUUGCGCUCGUCCAGCUCGUCUCCACUCCCCUCGCCCAGUUGGUUUUGGGAGGCACGAUCGUCGCCGUGGUAGCCCACCUCGAACUGACCGACUCGCAGCGCGACGCCGUUCUCCUCCACUCUGGAUUCUCGGGCGAACCAGGCGCCUUUGAAGGACCAAGGGACGCCCUUGUCCGGCCCUCAUUCACCGAUGCCGUCCCCCUCGCUCUACUAGCUCUGAUCGCCUUCUUCAGUACGGGCCACCAAGCGGUCCUAGCCACAAUCCAAUGGAAGUCGGCCUUUGUUGGCUUUGAAACAGUGACAUACCCAUGGUCGCCCCUCCUCGUCAUCCUCAACACAUGGGGUCCCAUCGCCUUUAUCGCGCUCUGCGUCCCCCUCCUCGCGACGUGGAACGUCAGCCCACGCCCCAAUGCCAGCGUCCCCAUCCUGGCACAUACCGUCCAGAUGGCGUUGGCGUUUAUUACCUAUUUCGCAGCAAUUACCCUCGCAUCGGCAGUCACGGCCGCUUGGCUCCGCCGGCACUUGAUGGUGUGGAAGGUGUUUGCGCCGCGGUUCAUGCUUGCCGGCGUAACGCUUGUUGUUGUCGACCUUGCGCUUAUUGUUGCUGUAGGAUUCGGACUGCGCGUCACGAGUUGGAAGGUGUGGCGGACGUUUAAGAGCUUGAGCGUCUAG